UUUGAAGAAAGGAAACAUCUCCUAGCUGUCAAAAAAGUAGAGCUUGAAAAGCAAAUUUAAGAAAGAGCUGGUGCACAAGCUUCGUCAACUACUUCUUUUCAGCAGCAAGAUUCCUCUAGUACAAAGGGUGAUGUUGACAGUGGUAAUCUUCAGUAUGGAGACCAUCACUCUUGGGGACAAAAGAAUUGGUAUCAAAACUACUGUUCUGGAAGAAAAGGCCACAGCCUGUAACAUGCUUUGCUGUUAUGCUGAUGAGUUGAAGGAAGGAUUCUUUCCAUGGAUUGAUCAGGUUGCAGGAACUUUAGUUCCACUUCUUAAAUUUUACUUCCAUGAGGAGGUUAGAAAAGUAGCCGUUUCAGCAAUGCUGGAGCUAUUACAUUCUGCAAAGUUGGCUAUUGAGAAAGGGCAAUCUCAAGGUUGGGAUGCAUCCUAUUUGAAGUUUUUGAGUGACAGUAUCAUCCCAGUUUUGGUGGACGCUUUACAUAAGGAACUGAACUAGCUGAAAGAAUGUGUUAUGGGAAUAUCUAUGAACUUGGUCACAUUCUUGGUUGGAAUUUUGAAUCUUCCAUCAGCUAAAUCUGCUACAAUAUUUACCAAUUUAAUGGGAACUCUCAACCUUCUUGGCCUCCUUGGUGGCUUCUUAGCUGAUCCUGGCAUUCAAAAUUUAUAUGAUGCUAUAAGAACAACAUACUGAAUUUAUGUUUUGAAUUAUAGUUGAUUUAUUAACACAUUUUGUUGAUGUAUAGUUGUUAUUUAUUAUUAUAGUUGAUGUAUCAAUACACUUUGUUUAUUUUUUGAAUUAUAUUG